UGAUUUGUGAACUAAAACACUACUAUACGUACAAGACUUUGCUUUGACUUUAGCCUUCGGAUAGAAGACCACAACCACAAGCCAAGAAGACUUUCAACGGGAGAUUGGAACUCUUCAUCAGACCUCAGCGAUUUCAAUUCAGCGCGCAGCGCAACAGGAACUACAUAACUUCUAUCAUUGAAAUUCUAAUUAAUUGCAAAAAUAUGGAUGAGAAUCGUACAACUGGUGUAUGGUAUAAUUUGCGUGAGGAUUUGGCUGCGAAAAUAAGAAGAUGAAAAUUAGAAAAGUACGCGAGAAGCGAAUCAAGUCCUUGAGAAUGAAGCUUGAUUGGUCUCUAAUCCCUUUCCCACGCAAACCACAAACUCGUACGAGAGAACGUGAAAUUAAUUAAAUAAUUUUAACAACAAUCGGCGCCAUCAUCGUAGCCUGCAGGCCACCGCCCUUUGCCCUCCCAGCGGCCGGCAUCUCUCCGCUCUUCCAUGGAGGAGCGGGUCCCACCGGCCGGAGAAGACGGCCGGGAGAUUGGCCCUGCAUCGCCGGCAAUUCCACCCGCCGAGACCUACGUGGUCCAGAUACCCCGUGACCAGGUCUACCGCGUGCCCCCGCCGGAGAACGCGAAAAUCGUAGAGAGCUACCGAGGACGGUCGCAGAACAAGGACACCGGCCAUCUCCGCAGAUGUUUUUCUGGGUUCGUCGCUCCGCUCCUCCUCCUCGUCAUCUCCGUCGCCGCCUUUGUUGCCACCGAUGACUUUCUCUACGCCGUCAAAUCCCCGAAAUUCUCCGUCGCGCGCGUCGAUUAUCAGCCCAAGAAUUCCACACUCGCGAUCACGCUGCGUGUUGAGAAUGGUAACGAGAGAAGCACGGCGUCGCUUGGCAGCGGAGGGAAAUGGUCUCUGCUUUUCAAGACCCACACAGUUGCGACGGGGAGAUUCCCGAUUCCAGCUCCCUCCGUUUCGCUGGAGCCCGGAGGGAGAAAGGAUGUGGAUUUGAAUGCCCCCGUCGGCGGUAAACUUUCCGGUGGCUUGCAGAGGGAACUAGUCGACGGGAAGGCGCCGAAGUCCAUGACGUUGAAGGUCAGUGGCGUGGCGGUGGAGGUUUGGAGUUGGGCUAAGGGAACGAAGAAGAAAGAGGGAACUAUUAUCACGUGUGAUUUCAAGGUGGAUUCUCUGACAAAGAAAACCAAGCUUCUAUUAUCUCAACAAUGUCGAACCACUUUUUAGAUCGAAAUAACUUUCUUGAAAUUACUCUAGCUUUAAUUUCGCGCUCUGAUUGAUCUUGAUAUACCAAGCAUGUAUAUGCAAUGUAAACUAACAUCUGAUCUAAUUUUACUCUUAAUUUGCAGCCCUUGAACUUUCACUCCUUAAAUACAUAAAACUUUUAGGCAAAAACUAACAUCCG